AAAUAAGUGUUUGCAUUUGUGUCUUAGGACUUCAAGUGAUUUAUACCUUGUCUUCUAUAAAUUUUCCUUUCUCUUUUUUGUCAAUUUUGAAACCUGCAAAACAAUGAAAGUCUUCUUUACACUUCCAGUUGUCGCUACGAUAUAUUUUUGGGCUGCAGCUGUAGUAACAGCCAUAUCAACUCAGCAGCAAAGAGCCUUCAUGGCCCCCGAUAGUCAUGGUGACAUUUGGUCGUUAUGCGAUAAUCCCUCUACACAUCAGCUGAUUGGAUAUGAAGAUGGAGUUUAUAUAUUCCCAGAACAACCUCAAACUGGCGAAAAUAUAAAUGUUCGAGUGAAAGGCAAUCUCAUGAAGGAUGUAACCGGUGGAAAAGUGGAUAUUGAUUUAAAUAUAAUGGGCAUGAUCAAAAUCAAAAAGCAACUUGAGCUUUGUAGUGUCCUUUCGUCUGAAGUAAUGAAUCAUAAAGCAUGCCCAUUAAAAGCUGGUGAUACGGCUUUGGAAGCUACAGCCUGGAUCCCUAAAGAGUUACCAAAGUUACCACUUUCCGGUAAUGUGCGUAUAUCAGAUCAAGAUGGACAAACAGUUACAUGCAUUCAUUUGGACUUUAAAUUACAAUAAUGAUAUUGUUAUCUCUACCAACUGCCUUAAUGCUAUUUAUUCUAUUUAAUUUACAACAAAUACACUCUAUUCAUCGAUUACAGCUUAUGAUAAAGCAGCUAUUACAU